AUUUCUUUUAACACUCACAUUGUGCUUCUUUAAAUUCUACAAUGUAUUAAACAAAUGUAAACCGAUAUAUUAAAUCCAGAUGUUUAUAUUCAUAGUAUAAUUCUACUCACCAAAACAAACCAUGACUUCUUCUUCCUUCAAAUUCAAAUGUUUCCAAUAUUUUUUCAUCAUCAUAUUCAUGUUACAUGUCUAUGCUGCAACAUCCAUUUUGUCAUCAUCACCGGACAAUUCUUCAUUCAACAAUUUUCUAGAAAUUGCCAAGAGCCCUGAGGUCUUUGAUUGGAUGGUCAGUAUCAGAAGGAAGAUUCAUGAGAAUCCUGAAUUGGGUUAUGAAGAAUUUGACACAAGUGAACGGAUAAGAUCAGAAUUGGAUAAAAUGGGUAUACCUUAUAAACAUCCAGUUGCAAUCACUGGUGUCAUUGGCUUCAUAGGAACUGGAUUGCCUCCUUUUGUUGCUUUAAGAGCUGAUAUGGAUGCUCUUCCCAUUCAGGAAAUGGUGGAGUGGGAGCACAAGAGUAAAGUAGCUGGAAAAAUGCAUGCUUGUGGACAUGAUGCUCAUGCUACAAUGCUACUUGGUGCUGCAAAGAUUCUCAAACACCAUGAAAAAGAAAUACAAGGAACAGUUGUUCUUGUUUUCCAACCAGCAGAGGAAGGAAGUGGAGGGGCUAGGAAAAUUGUAGAAUCUGGAGUAUUACAAAAUGUUACUGCUAUCUUUGGACUGCACAUUGCUCCUGAACUACCCGUAGGAGAAGUGGCCUCUAGGUCUGGUCCAAUAUUGGCAGGAGGUGGCCGCUUUGAAGCAAAAAUAAGUGGAAAAGGAGGUCAUGCUGCCAUUCCUCAUCACUCUAUAGAUCCCAUUUUGGCAGCUUCCAAUGGGAUUAUUAGCUUGCAACAGCUUGUUUCUCGUGAAGCCGAUCCUUUAGAUACACAGGUUGUGACAGUUGCAAAGUUUCAAGGAGGUAGUACAUUCAAUGUCAUUCCAGAUUAUGUCACAAUCGGUGGCACCUACCGAGCUUUUUCUAAACAAAGCUUCGACCAACUGAGACUGCGGAUUGAACAGAUUAUUGUUGGGCAGGCUGCUGUGCAUAGGUGCAAUGCAACUGUGGACUUCCUUGAUGAAGUGAAACCUAGCUAUCCUCCAACGGUAAACGACGGUGACUUGCAUGAGCAUUUUGUGAAUGUUGCAGUGAGUAUGCUUGGUAUCAAUAAUGUUAAGAGUGCCAUGACACCAGCCAUGACAUCUGAAGAUUUUGCAUUCUAUCAAGAGGUCAUACCUGGUUACUUCUUCAUACUUGGAGUGAAGAAUGCUUCUCAUAAACGGUUUCAGCCAUCAUUACACUCACCUUAUCUCCAAAUCAAUGAAGAUGGACUCCCAUAUGGAGCUGCACUUCAUGCAUCAUUAGCUUCCAGUUAUCUUCUAAAACAUCACCAUCAUGUACAUGGUGUUUGAGAAUAAAAUAUCAUAUGAUGAAAUAUAAAUCUUAAUAAACUCAUUAGUCUUCUCUUUA